AUGACCCAGCCCCUGCCUCCCCUGACCCCUCCUGAUAGGACCAUCACACGGCUAUUGUUAUUUCUUACCAGCUGGGGCUGCCGGCAAGGCCAGGCCCUGACGGUGCCCGAGCGCACUCAGCAGAUGUUCAAUGCCAAGAAGCUGAUGGCUGCCUUCCACCCGGCCAUUCCAUGUUCAGGGACCACAUAUCGCAUGUCCAUGAAGGUGGUGGACAAGCAGAUGCUGAAUAUCCAAAACAAGAAGAGCUGCUAUUUUGUCAGGUGGCUCCCCAGCCAUGUGGAAAUAGCUGUCUGUGACAUCCCACCCUGGGGUCUGAGAAAGGCCUGCCACCUUCAUCAGCAACAGCGCCACCAUCAGCAGCUGUUCAAGCACACCUCCAAGCAGGUCGCGGCCACGUUUGGGGAGGGCAUGGAUGAGAUGGAUUUCACCAAGGCCUAG